UACCUUCCUGUUACGGUUCUACAAGAUUCGAUUUCUCAAAUUUGUGUUCCAAAGACGUUGGAGACAGUUGGCAUCCCUGCAGCGAAAGAUGAAAGAUAAAGUAAAGGAAGGAAAAAAUUAUGAUAAAUGCGCGGAAAAGGGCGGCAAAGUUGCAUUCGUAUCUGCAUAUGGUAUUCAUGAGCUACACAUUUUCAUCUUUAUGUUGGCUAUUUUUCAUAUUAUCUACUGCAUCACCAUCUUGGCUUUGGGCAGAACCAAGAUGAAGAAAUGGAGAGUCUGGGAAGAUGAGACAAAGACCAUUGAGUACCAGUACUAUAAUGAUCCAGAGAGGUUUAGAUUUGCAAGAGACACAUCAUUCGGGCGCAGACACUUGACUGUGUGGAGCGAGUCAUCAUUUAGUCUGUGGAUUGUAAUUUGCUUCUUCAGACAAUUCUUGGAUCUGUUACCAGUUGAUUACCUCACGUUACAUGGAUUUAUCAUGGCACAUUUGGCUCCUGGAAGUGAAACAAAAUUUGAUUUUAAUAAUACAUCAGCCGAUCACUUAAGAAGAUUUCAUAGUUGUGUGGGGAUCAGUCCUAUUCUGUGGUUUGUUUCAACGUUGUUCCUGCUUACCAACACACGAGGAUGUUUUGCGUAUCUUUGGUUACCUUUUAUCCCCUUAAUUAUAAUCCUGCUGGUGGGUACGAAGCUACAAGUGAUCAUAACUAAACUGGGGCUACGGUUUCAAGAUACAGGCAAUGUGGUAAAGGGUGCGCCGGUGGUGAAGCCAGGCGACGACCUUUUCUGGUUUGGACGCCCACGCUUCAUCCUCUUUCUCAUUCACUUGGUUCUCUUUCAGAAUGCAUUUCAGCUCGCCUUCUUCAUAUGGAGUUCGUAUAAAUAUUCCAUAAAAUCUUGCUUCCACCACAGAACAGAGGAUAUUGUCAUCAGAAUCUCAAUGGGGGUGCUUACACACAUUCUCUGCAGUUAUGUGACACUGCCACUCUAUGCUUUAGUGACACAGAUGGGUACUUCAAUGAGAUCGACUAUCUUCAACGAUCGAGUAGCAGAAGCGCUAAAAAGCUGGCAUCACACGGCAAAAAAACACACAAAACAUGGCAAACAUUCUGAGACGACAACGCCCUUUUCAAGCAGGCCACAAACUCCAACUCAUGGAAUGUCCCCAGUUCAUCUCUUGCAUAACCAUCCUAACCGCAGCGCUGACAGCUACCAUCCUUCGCCCCCGAGACCUUCCAACUUCGAUAACGAACGAUGGGACCCCGAGAGCCUCCAUUCGCAUUCCCCUAACCAGUAUGAAAUCAAUGAGUUUCACCAUCAUGGAGAUUCAGGUGCCAGUGAACAAGAAAUGGUGGCAGUGCCAGAAACAAGCUCAAUGCAAUUGCCUCCCGGACCUCGCCCUGUUCGGACGCAACACGAAAUCAAUAUGGGUCGAUCGGAAUUUUCGUUCGCGAAACGAUCUAGCUGAUAAGAUUAGAUUUGAAUUUACAGGUCCCAAGUUGAUAGUCAUUAUCAUGUGUUCACUUCUUGUACAUGGCAUAACCUGGAGCCUGCACAAAAUAACCUGCAGGGAUUACCGGGUACAAGGGGGUGUUAACCUGCAGGGAUUACCGGGUACAAGGGGGUGGUGUUUGUGUAAGCUAGGCUGUCAAACUAGUUCUUAACUCUGAAAUUAAGCUGAUCUAUUUGUUUAUAAGCAAAAAAAAAUCAGUUGGGGGGAGGUUAUAAGCUAGUUUGACCAAGUAUAUUAUAACAUUAUUCUUAUUUAAUUUUAAAUUUCAUAGUAUACCCUUGUUU